AAGAAUGUUUCGGGCCCAAGAUGCGACAUCUGUGCCAUGCGCGCCUUGGGCUUGUGGUUUCAGCCUGUGCUCAGUCGCGUGAUUUGGAACGACGGGUUCUGUGACCUGGUGCUUUUGCAUGGCAACCAGUCACUCACCCUCCACGCCCGCACCUUUCGGCACUUUGAGAAAUCCGAGAGCGAGGUCCAAGUGGCGCGGAAGGGCGUUCCCGGAGCGCUGUGGCGCUUCGAAGCCACAGCUGGCACUGGCGCUGUCCGCAUCCCCCUGCACGGUGAUGGCUGGGACUGUUCCCAGGUCCAGCCGAGAGCGGCCGGGGCCGGGGCCUGGGCCGGCGCCUGGCUGGUCCUGGUGGGGUCCUUGCUGGCGAUCACAGCCUCGGCCUCCCACUCCAAGCACUCGUCCAAGCUGGAAACUUUGGCUUGGGCCAGCGUCGCAGCCUUCUACUACGUUUACGGAGCCCUCGAGGUCUUCAAGCUGAGCACCGAGUACCAGCAAUACUGCACAGAGGUGCUGGGUGGUGAUAGGUUAUGCGGAUUGCACAAGGUACCGUUUCUCUCAUCGAUGUUUGGUGGACGCCGAUGGGACAAGAAGGACUUCCAAACCAGGGACUUGGUUGCCAGCUUUCCCUUGAUAUUGGCUUUUGCUGUUGGCUAUGUGUUGGUGAAGGCGGUGUCGCGGCGGUUAAAGCUUGAAGUUGUGGCCACGCUGGCGAUGGGCAUCGGCUAUGUGGUGGUGCUGCACGAGUUCACCAUUCUGCUGCCCAUGACCUACUCCGCAGCGAAUUAUGGCCUCACGCGCUGGCUCCUGCGAGCGAGCGGAGCCUCAGCGAGGCGGCUGGUCCCAGCGGUGUGGCUGCUGGCGCUGGCGGGUAUGGCCAUGGCUGGCAGAGAGCUGACGCUGGCGCAGCUCCUCUCAGGCCUUGGCCGGGGCCUCCCAUGGGCCCCAUGGGCCCCAUCAAGCUGGAUUCGCUGGAUGGACCGCUUCCGAGGGGAGCUCUUCUGGGCGAGCGUUUUCCGGUUCUGGGUGCUGAGAUGCCUCAGCUGGAGCCUCGACCUGCACCGUGCAUACCAGGCCCAAGGCGACCAAGGCGACCAAGGCGACCAAGGCGACCAAGGCGACCAAGGCGACCAAGGCGACCAAGGCGACCAAGGCGACCAAGGCGACCAAGGCGACCAAGGCAAAGGCCCUGAAACUGCCAGCAAUCAAAGCGACUACGAGGACCGGGUCAAGCAGAACCGCCCCCUGAGAGACUACUACAGUCUGCAGCUCUAUUUUGCAUAUUUGCUUUAUCCCCCGCUCUACAUGACAGGUCCCAUCAUUACCUUUAAUUCCUUUGCCUCUUACAUGCAGAAACCUCAGACGGAGAUACGUGGCACCGCUUUGGGCAUGUUUUGGGCAAGGUGGUUGAUAAACACCUUCCUCUUUGUAGCGUUCGGCCACUUUCUGUACACGUCAGCCAUCGCCAUCAAUGGCCCACAUGUCCUCGUGCGGGGCUUCAACGCCGUGGUUUUUGACCACCUCAUGAACUUCGGGCAAGAUGGCGAAAGGAUGAUUUGGUUCUCCUUCUGGAGCCUCUUGGGGCUUUGGUUCAAGUUCCUAGCAAUUUGGAGGUUUGCACGUGGCUGGGCGCUCUUGGAUGGUGUGGCACCUCUCGAGAACAUGGAGCGCUGCAUGUGCAACAACUUCUCGGUGCGUGACUUUUGGCGCGGUUGGCACCGGAGUUUCAACCGAUGGCUGGUGCGCUACGUCUACGUGCCCCUUGGGGGGUCUGCUUCGCUCUGGCGCCAGGCGCUGGCCACUCUGCUGGUCUUCAGCUUCGUGGCGUUUUGGCACGAGCCCAGCGUGUUGUUUCGCUUCAACGCCCAGGAGAGGCGGUUGCUCGCCUGGGGGUGGCUGCUGGCCCUCUUCGUGCUGCCCGAGAUGCUGGUGGAGCGUUGGUGCCAGCGACCCGCGCCCCAGGCGUUCCUUCGCCGCUGGCCUUUGCUGACGCGGCACCUGAGAGCACUGGCUGGGGCCUUCUGCAUAGAGAUGCUGAUUCUGGCCAACCUGGUGGGCUACUCCUAUGGCUUGCAGGGGGCAGAGUACCUCUUGGCCUGCGGGAACGAGAAGCUGUUCCUCGUGUCCUUCGCAGCUUGGCUCUGUGCAAAGACACAGCUGAUGCUCAUGAUCCGGGUGGCAGUGAAGCAAAUCAAUGACAUGGACAAGUCCAGCUCAGAGACGGAUCAGCGUGCGUUUGAGCGCGAAGUUGCCGUUCUCAUGAGGACGUGCCAUGAGCAUUUGGUGAAGUUUUUAGGGAUCUCAUCCAUGCAGAGGCCCUUCCGAAUCAUCACGGAGUACUGUGCCGGAGGCACAGUCUUCUCGUUGCUGCACAACCAAGAGGUGGCGCUGGUGUGGCCACAAAAGCUACGAAUUUGCGUGGAUGUUGCAAAAGCCAUGCGCUACCUGCACGAGUUCAACCCACAGGUUAUCCACAGAGACCUGAAAUCGUUGAAUUUGCUCCUGGUGAACCCGGUGAACACCCAGUCAGACAUCCCAUUCACAAAGGUCUCGGACUUUGGGCUGGCGAGGAUCAAGUGGCAGGCACCGGACUCCACUUGGGGCAAGAUGACCAGGGCUGCCGGGACGUGCCACUGGAUGGCGCCGGAAGUCUUCGUGAGUCACACCUAUGACGAAAAGGUGGACUUGUACUCGUACGCCAUGAUCCUUUUCGAGGUGAUUUGCCAGGAGAUUCCCUUCGAGGAUCAGAAUCCUGCGGACAUUGGUCGUUUGGCAGUGAAAGGCUGCCGCCGCGCCCUGAGCUCGAAAGCACUACAGGAUUUUGUUCCCGUCAGGGUUUCUGCUCCAGCUCCGGAGGUGCAAAUGUUCUAG